AAGUUGUCAUUUGUCAGGGUACGUUUUGUGGCAUGGCGUGGCGAAUUCCGGCACUGAAAUUUUUAAAGGGACAUUGAAGGAAUAUUGCAUCAUGUCUUCUAAAAAUCAAGGCAUAAGGGUUCCGGAAAAUAUUGACUUUCCAAAAGAAGAGGAAAAUGUGUUAAAAUUUUGGAAAGAAAUUGAAGCUUUUCAAACUUGUCUCAAACAAUCUAAAAACAAACCAAGGUACUCGUUCUACGACGGGCCUCCAUUCGCGACAGGCUUACCUCAUUAUGGACACGUACUUGCUGGUACAAUUAAGGAUGUCGUUACUCGAUAUGCUCAUCAAAAGGGCUAUCACGUUGAAAGAAGAUUUGGGUGGGAUUGUCACGGUCUCCCUGUGGAGUUUGAAAUAGAUAAAACUCUGGGAAUAAAAGGACCUGAAGACGUUGAAAAAAUGGGUAUUGACAAGUACAAUGCAGAAUGUAGAAAAAUUGUUAUGAAAUAUGCUACAGAAUGGGAGACUAUUAUCACAAGAAUGGGGCGAUGGAUAGAUUUCAAAAAUGACUAUAAAACCCUAUACCCUUGGUUCAUGGAAUCUGUUUGGUGGGUGUUUAAAGAAUUGUUUAACAAAGGCUUAGUAUACCAAGGUGUAAAAGUUAUGCCAUUCUCAACUGCAUGUUCCACUCCACUUUCCAAUUUUGAAUCUGGACAAAAUUAUAAAGACGUUGUUGAUCCAGCUGUUGUUGUAUCUUUUCCUACUGCUGAAGGAUUUUCCCUUCUUGCCUGGACAACUACUCCUUGGACUCUGCCAAGCAAUUUAAGUCUCUGUGUUAAUCCUAAAUUAAUUUAUGUAAAAGUGAAGGAAAAGGCAACAGGCAAUUGCUAUGUAUUACAAGAAAAUAGAUUCCCUGUCAUUUUUAAAAAUGUUGAUGAUUUUGAGAUUGUUGAAAAGUUUCCUGGUGAAAAAUUGAAAGGUAUAAAAUAUACACCAAUAUUUGAUUAUUUUAUUGGUAUCUGCCCAAAAGCAUUUCAAGUGUUGACAGAUGGGUAUGUAACUGAUGACUCUGGAACAGGAAUUGUACAUCAGGCACCAUAUUUUGGUGAAGAUGAUUUUAGAGUUUGUUUAGCAAAUGGAAUAAUAACCAGAGACCAAGAGAUUAUCUGUCCAGUAGAUGCAAGUGGUAAAUUUACUGCGCCUGUCAAAGAUUUUAUAGGUCAACAUGUGAAGGAUGCAGAUAAACAUAUUAUAGCUAAUUUAAAAGCCCGCAAUAGGUUACUACAAGCAGGACAAGUUAAACAUAGCUAUCCUUUUUGCUGGCGUUCUGAAACACCUCUUAUAUAUAAAGCUGUACCUUCUUGGUUUGUAAGAGUUGAACAUAUGAGUCAAGAUCUACUUAAAUCAAGUGAAAGUACUUACUGGGUUCCAGAUUAUGUAAAAGAAAAAAGGUUUGGUAAUUGGUUACGUGAAGCCAGGGAUUGGGCUAUCAGUAGGAACAGGUAUUGGGGAACACCAAUUCCAUUAUGGAUUUCAAGUGAUAAGCAAGAAGUUGUAUGUGUAGGUAGUAUUGCUGAAUUGUGUGAACUUACUGGCAAAGAAAUCAAAGAUAUACAUAGAGAAAGCAUUGAUCACUUGGAAAUUCCAUCAGCUCGACCAGGUCAGCCACCACUAAAAAGGGUUUCAGAGGUUUUUGAUUGUUGGUUUGAAUCUGGAUCUAUGCCUUAUGCGCAACUUCAUUACCCAUUUGAAAAUAAAAAAGAAUUUGAUGAAGUUUUUCCUGCUAAUUUUAUUGCAGAAGGUAUAGAUCAAACUAGAGGUUGGUUUUAUACACUUAUUGUAUUGUCAACAGCAUUGUUUAACAAAGCUCCCUUUAAAAAUCUUAUUGCUAACGGAUUGGUUCUUGCUUCUGAUGGACAAAAAAUGUCCAAAAGAAAGAAGAAUUAUCCUGAUCCUCUUGCUGUUGUCAGUAAAUAUGGGGCAGAUGCCUUAAGAUUAUAUCUAAUUAACUCUCCAGUUGUUAGAGCUGAUAAUCUAAGAUUCAAGGAAGAAGGUGUUAGAGAUGUUAUAAAAGAUGUCUUCUUACCUUGGUAUAAUGCCUUUAGAUUUUUGAUGCAAAAUGUUGAGAGAAUUAUGCAGGAAGAUAAGAUUGAUUAUAAAUUUAAUGAAAAAACAGAAAGAGAUAAUGUUAUGGAUAAAUGGAUAACAUCAUUCACACAAUCUCUGAUUCAGUUUGUCACUAAAGAGAUGGCAGCAUAUAGAUUGUAUACAGUGAUUCCUAGACUGACUAAAUUCAUUGACCAUCUCACCAACUGGUAUGUGAGAAUGAAUAGAAAGCGGCUGAAGGGUGAAAAUGGUGUAAAGGAUUGCCAGGUCGCUUUAGAUACAUUGUUUGGUGUCCUAUAUGAUAUGGUUCGGGUCAUGGCUCCAUUCACCCCUUUCUUGACUGAAUUUAUGUACAAAACUUUAAGACAAUUAUUGCCCGGUGAUUCUUUAGAAAGUGUUCAUUUUAACAUGAUACCAGAACCAAGAAUUGAAUUGGUUGAUUCCAAUAUAGAAAGAGCAGUGGAAAGAAUGCAGGCUGUAAUAGAGCUGGGACGAAUUGUUAGGGAUAGAAAGACUAUUCCAAUUAAGUAUCCAUUACCAGAAAUGGUAGUUAUUCAUCAAGACCAAACAUACUUGGAUGAUAUUAACUCUCUUCUAAAAUAUGUUUUAGAAGAAAUGAAUGUUAAAAGGGUUCUUUUAUCUAGUGAUAAAGAAAAAUAUGGUAUCACCUUGAGAGUUGAACCGGAUCAUAAAAUUCUUGGAGCUAGACUAAAGGGAGAUUUUAAGGCUGUAACACAGGCUUUGAAAGAUCUUAAUAAUGAACAAUGUGAAAAACUGAUUUCUGAUGGCUAUGUUGGUUUGGUUGGGCAACGCAUUGAUGUUUCUGAAGUAAGAGUUAUAUUCCAAGCCCAAGGUAAUGAUCAGUAUGAAGCACACAGUGACAAUGAUGUUUUAAUUUUACUUAAUGUUACUCCAGAUCAAGACAUGCUUGAUGAAGGCUUUGCAAGGGAAGUUAUAAACAGGGUGCAAAAGCUGAGAAAGAAGGCGCAUUUGGUUCCAACUGAUGAAGUCGAUGUAUACUUUGCUGUUAAUAAAGCGAGCGAUAUUUUGCGUAUAAUCAAUAUACACCGUGAGUUAAUUGAAACAACGGUGAGAGCCCCGUUAAAAGCGAUCGACGAUUUAUCACAAUCAAAACCAAUAAUUAUUGAAGAAACUCAAGAAUUGAAAGGCUCUCAGUUAAAAUUAAUAAUUACUUGGAGAAAGGAUAUUGAAAUGCCAGCCAAUCCUUGGGCCAAUAUAGUUCUACAGGACAUAAAACCGCGCUUUGGUGUUGUUACUAGUCAAGCAAGUAUUAUACUGAAGGACAAAGAUAACAAGUACAUGAAUUUAGAUCAACUACAUAAGGAAAUUGAAGUCUUAUUUGGUUUAUAUGGUAUGAAAUUUAACUUAUGGUGUGAAGGAAAUGAGAUUCGAAAGACAGAUGAUUUAAAUUCUAAGCUUAUUAUUGUUUCACAUUCUAAGCCUAAGAAUAUUGAAGCAGAAAAUGUUCCUUUUUGUAAGUUCGUAAAUGUUGUAAAUGGAAAGAAAACUGCAACACUGUUCAUUGAAAAUCCUAAAGGUAAAAUGACAAUAUCAAAGGAACAAGCAACAGACUUUUUAUCUAAAUAUUUAGGUGUUAAAGCAUCUGAAUUGGACAUUAGUGCCUGGAAGUAGUGUGGUAUUUAAAUUAAUAAUUAAUCUAUACUUUCUAUGCUGUUAUUACCAGAUAUAUAGAAGUGUUAUUGUACCACAAACCAGUGUAAUCUUUUCAACUUGAAAGUAUGCAUUUUCUAUCCUGUUUUUAUUCAUGACUACAGUUUUUAAACUUGAAGAUUAUUGGUUGCUUGUUAUUUAUUAACCAUAGAUAAGUUUACAUAAAAGCAAUUGUUUUUUCGAUAUUUUAAUAAAUCUGAAGGACAGUUAUAUACUUA